AAUUUACCAUAUUUGCAGCCUAUAGAACAUGAUAUGAACCUAUUUAACAUCAUCAAUAUUUAUUUGGGAAACAAAAUUUUGUAAGAAGAGAAAGUGGAAAUCUAAAUUGAGCUGGGACUGUAAAACCCUCUCUCCCAAUAAAAGAAAGAGAGAAAUAGACAAAGAGGUCUUUUACGGUCCGGCCAUUUUUCGCCGAUAUAAUCUAUACCUGAUGAAUUGAGAACAUUGAGAAUCGAAACCCUAAGAAUUCGUUUUCAGGGGAUAUCGUAAGUCGGUACAACUAGUCCAUCAAGAGAAAAUGACACUUGUUCUAAGAGUCCAUGUUAUGGAAGACACUCAUGGAGCGACACUUAUCUUGUGAAGACACACUAAGUAGGCACUGGUCACUUGAUGGGGCUUGUUUAAAUAAUUUGAUUAUCUUAUCAAUCUGAGGCAUACAAACUUUGGUCAUAAACAAGGUUGAGUGUUGACUCAUGGAGCUUAAUGUUUCACCUUCAAAGCCAACCUUUCCAUCUUCUGAUAGCAACGAUGAUCCUGAAGAGAAAGAAAUCAGUGAAGAGGAUGAUGAUGAUCGCAAUCACAAGCAUCGUAGGAGAGAAUUGCAUUCUCAAUCUGAAGAGACAGAGGCUGUUGAACCAGUUUUCAGAAGACCAUUCAGGAAACGAAACAAGCCUUUUGAAAAUGGACAUCCUUAUGGGGAAGGGAACUCUCAGUUAAGUGAAACCAAGCUCCCAAGAAGACGAGGUAUGGGCUCAUUUUCGAGAGCCCCUCAGGAUUCAUACCAAAGAAUCAGGGUGAAUCAAUCACUGUUCGGUGAUGCUGGUAACGGUAGGGGUCGAGGAAGAGACCUUAAUGCCUGGGGCCAACGUGAUUCCAGGUUCAGCUCAGUGGUUAUUGCAUCUCAACUGUUUCCACAGGGCUCUGUUACUCCCGGUCUCUUAACUGGAAGAGGGGUGGAAAACAUUGCUAAUGCACAGAGUUCAUCUUGGAGUGCAUUUGGAAUGGUUUCAGGAAUUUCUAAUGGCGGUCUUGAUACACUUCAUUCCGUUGGUUUCCAGGGAACACUCAGGCCAUCCUUGAAUCCUACCAUGAAUAUGGGUAUUCCAAGGCAGAGAUGUAGAGACUUUGAGGAGCGUGGAUUUUGCCUAAGAGGAGAUAUGUGCCCUAUGGAGCACGGAGUAAAUCGUAUUGUUGUUGAAGAUGUCCAGAGCCUUUCUCAGUUUAAUCUUCCUGUGUCACUUCCUAAUGCGCACAUGCUUGGACCAGUUACUGGACAAGGAUCUUUACCUGUAAUAGGCCCUUCUGGCUCAUUGGCCAGUGGCAAAGCUUUACAUAACAAAAGCAAAUUUCCAGUGAUUGAUGAUGCAUUGGGCUUGACUGAUGCUUUUGUUGAUGGUUCUAUGGCCGGGGGAGCUGAUUUCUAUGAUCCUGAUCAACCUUUAUGGUCAAAUGAUCGUUCUGAAAUUUCAGCAGCACUCCAGAAUUUAAAUUCAUCCAACUGCGAUGAUACUGGUCGUUUGUUAGUUGAAGACUCCUCUGACAAUGAUCAAGUUGGGCUGUGUAAUGCCUUUGAUCUUGAGCAUCCACUAAGAGGUGCUAAGGCAGCUACAGGAUCUCAGAGUGUGUGGGGAAGAAACCGAAGGUCUAAAAAUAAGUUGAAUGUGAAAGAAAGAACUGCUUGUACAGGAAAUGCUUCAAGCUUUGAUGAAACGGGAAAAGAUCUGGAAUUACUCGGCAGCAGUCAGGGCAUAUUUCUUCCAGGGAAGCUAAUGAAUGAAGAAACUAUUGACCCACAAAUGAAGGAUUUUUCUUCCAGGCCCCAAAGUAGUUCUGGACAUAAUCUAAGAAAACCACCUCAAAAGGCACUUCGCACUCUGUUUGUGAGAGGCAUACCACAGAGAGACAACAAACUAGAUGCUCUUCUUUCACAUUUCAAAAAGUUUGGGGAGGUCAUUGACAUCCACAUCCCACUGAGUGGUGAUCGAGCUUUUGUUCAAUUUUCUAAGAGAGAAGAAGCUGAGGCUGCUUUAAAGGCACCUGAUGCUGUGAUGGGAAACCGAUUUAUAAGGCUUUUAUGGGCAAACAGGGAUAGAAUUAUGGAUGAUGGAGUAAAUGGUGUUAGUAAUUCACCUUUAACCUCUCGUGGAGUGACACCCAGUUUAGUACCACCCCACCUAUCUGUUCCUUAUAAAGGAAACGACAAUAUCCAGUCCUCAGCCCCAAAAGCUGCUGAACAUGGUCCUGUUGCUCCAUCACCUACUUCUGCUUUACCUAAGCCUGUGGGUCAUAAUGGUCCCAAAGCUGCACCAGCUCUGCAAAAAAAGGUGGCGAGCUUAGAACUUUUGAAGGUAGAAUUGCGCAAGAAGCAGGAGCUGCUUGAUCAGAAGCGCAGUGAGUUCCGACGUCAGUUGAAUAAACUUGAGAAGCAAGCCGUAGGUGUGAAAGCUGAAGCAAUCUCUGACCAGGAUCUGGAGAAACAGAAGGAAGGAGAAACAGUAUCCGAUUCUACAAAAGUGAGGUCAAGCUCCAUGCGACUUAAUGAUGUAUCCUCAACACAAGCUGAAGUAGUAUCCGAUAAUAACAGAUCAACAGAAAAUGCAGAGCACUCUUGUCCUAUAUCAUGUUCUGCUGCAGCUACACAGGAACCUUCAAGCUUGAGACAGUCAAUUCCUCCAGUGGCACCACAUGGUGCACCUUUUGUUUUCAACAGAUACAAACUAGACAAUCGUCCCACUGCCUUCAAAGUCCUUCCACCUAUGCCAAGUGGUCUUGCAAAUGUUACUGUAUUGAAGGAACAUUUCUCCACUUUUGGUGACCCUCCCGCCGUUGAGAUGGAAGAUUUGGAGCCUCAAGAUGGUAAUAAUGGCUCGGAAAUGUUAAACAUAUCUGCUAGUAUAUGUUUCCCAACGCGCCGUUCUGCUGAAAGAGCAUUUUCGAAUGGAAAAAUCUGGCAAGGCCAAGCUUUGCAGUUUAUGUGGUCGCAGUCUAGUAAUUCUACCAAGGAUAUUGAUGUCAAAAAAGAUGGUGAUCCUGCUUUGAAGCAACCUCUAGAUGCUAAUGUGCAAACCAUCCCACAAGACACAGGAAGAAAAUGCUGCAGGGAUUGAUGAACCUGAAAAAUAUGAUAUAAAAUGCGAGAAGCAGCCUUCAGAUGCCAAUGUUCAAACCCGCCCAAAAGAUCCUUUGACUGGUACACGGGAAAGAACUGCCACAGAUAUACUUGAAAAAGCUGAUAUAGGUAGCUGAAUGUGAUAGAUCAUGAUGGUGGUCCAAUUGUCAAAGUAGUACAGCAAGGUAAAAUUUUGAAUCACUUCUGUGUAAUUGCAGGAGUAUUAGCAAUAUACAUAUUCUAGUUUUAAUUUUGCUUUACCUGGAAAUGUAAAGAGGAUUUUUUUUUUUUUGAUCUUUUUACCACCAGAUGGCAGUCCUGUUGCACCAUAUCUAUAUUGAAUUCUGUUAGUCAUUCAAUGCUUAGAAAUAUAUCCUGGAAUGAGGACUAUACUUCCAAAAAUUUAUGCAGCUGAGACUUCUUUUGGCUGUACGGGCUGUUUGCUCUACUUGUAUCUCAA